AUGUCGCCGGCGUUGGUGCGAUCCUUGCUUUUAGCGGGAUGUCUCCAUGGCGUCUUUGCAGAAUGCAACGUCUACCUGGAGACUCAGACGAUGACGGGGCCGGGUGUAUGCACCGAAGACGGGGUAGCUGCCAUGACAGCCCCAGAGGAGAAGCAGUUGGGGGAGUGCCUUCACGAGUGUUGGGCUAGCUAUGUCAUCACUUCGCAGCCGGCUAAGGGGGCCAAUGCUGCGCUGGCGAAGCCAGAACGGGACAGCUGUUCGACGAAUUUCGAGAUCAUUUGCAGCACUGUGGAGCUUUCCUGCACCAAGCCCUUCGGCGAGUUCCCAAAUGCCUGCAGCGGUACUGUGCCCUUGGCACAGAUGCAACCUAAUGCCUACUACUUGGCCUUCUAUGCUUACAGCCAGGAAGCCGGGGGCGGGAACUCGGAAAAGGUCUUGGCCACUCGGGUGGUUACUGGCAAGGAACCGCCCGAGAUCUGCUCGGGAACAUACGGGGUCAGGAAGGCCUUUGGUGACAACUGCUUUGGCCUAACCACCAACAGUCAAGAAGCGGGCCCUGGGCGUGACCCGCCUCAGCCGCCAGCAAUCGACAACAUGCCCGCCCAGUUUCCACCCGUGGAGCCGAACAAAGAGCCGACCACCAGCACCAGCGCAAGCACCAGCACUACAGACCCCGUGCCUGACAACGGCAAAACAGUUAAGUACGGCCUUGGCGACUUUCUUCCUUGGGUUGCGGGUGUUUGUGCGCUCCUCCUCGUGAUCGGGGGUGGGCUGUACGUUCGCCGUUCCAGGCAAGCCGAAGAGCAGAGGGCUCUGAGAUGCCGAGAGGGCGACUCAGCGUUUCACACGGUGGAACGCUUGGAUCUCGAGCGCCACGAGGGGCUUGUGGUUGAGCUGAAGGAGGCUCACAUUCGCAUGAUCCAGGACGACAUUCAUAAGCAACAGCGCCGGGAUUGGCCAGCCGUUCUGGACGUGAUCCCACGAGAGGAGGAUCAGGCGGUCCCGGAGCUUGUGGAGGUCGUGCAGCUGCCCUCUGCUAUUGUCUGUGGUGGCGUCUCGCUGGACCUCUACCCCAGGGGAAUCCAGGAGGAGUUCAUCACCCUACCGUGGGAAAUUGUUGAGGCGAAGGUCCAGAUCCCACUCCCGACAGAGGCCUCCGGCGUCGAGCCUGUGCAGGAAGCCAGAGAAAGCUGUGACGACCUCCUGCAGUCCAUCUCGGCGAUUCUCUCCAAAGAGGACAGCCUCCGGAGGAUUGGUGGGGUGGAGAUCGAGGACGACGGUGCGUACCGGAACGUCACGCUGCCCAUCGCCAUCUUCCUGAGCAAGGAGAGCUCCUGUCGCGACAUUAUCGAGGCCUUCUUUCGCGAGCCAAUGCCUGAAGCCGAAGCGCCGGAAGCUGACUCAGAUGAAGGCAGGCUGUCUACCUCCUCGAGGUCCCUGCGGCGCUCGAAGUCCUUCUCGAAGCGACGAGCAAUCAGAGGCUUGUGGCAGAGCCUGCGCGAGUUGGGCUCUCAUGUCCCAGGAUCCCACUGUCUGCAGGAGGUUCGCGGACGCGUGUUGCGACGCAUGACGGUGGAGCUGCCCAUGGCCCAGAAGUGCUGGACCCAGCCAUCGAGCUAUACUGAGACCAUGGAUGCUACCUGCAUUGCGAUGGGUGCUGACGGCGUGGUUGAGGUUGUGAAUGCCAGAGGCUUCCAUGGUGCAGCCUACGGGGUGGACCAGACCGCUUAUCGCCUACAGUCCAAGGGGGUGGAUUCCCUUUUCGGGGCGAUCAGCCACCAGGGCACAGAGCGGCAGAAGGGAACGGACCUACAGUCUACCCUCGACAAGCAGAUGCUCUGCAAGCAGCUGAUGCAGGUGAGGCUCGACCUGUUGCCCGAGCGCGUCACAGACCUCUUCUUCGUCUUGGCCGCCACCAACUCCCGGGAAUUGAGCAAAUUCCAGCACCUCGGCUUCCGCGUCGUGGACAGUGACAUCGGUGCGAAUCUGGCCCACAAGGAGGACCACAGACUUCAGCUUACCUUCGAGGCGGUGGUCAUCAUGUGCGCGAUCUACAAGCUGGGUGACGGCUACUGGAGGAUCGGAUCUAUGGACGUGACUUGUUCCGGCUCGCCACGGGAUCUGAAGACGGCCUUGAUGAAGCUGGAAGAGCUGGGAUUCCCUCGCAAGCACGAGCGAGCUUCGCAGGAGCACAUUGUGCUCGAAGCCGUGCGGAAGCACCUGGAGCUGCCCCGGCAAUGCGUGAAGCCUGCAGACGUCCAUGUGGACAGUUCGAACUGCAUGCACGUUCAAUAUGCGAUCGAGGUCACAACUUCCGAGCACGAGGAGUUGAGUGAUGCCUCCGAAGCAAUGGCAAAAGGCUUUCAGCUGAAGGACAGCCUGGAGAUGCCGAAGCUGAAGGAGGCGAUUCUUGAGGAGAUGCUCCGGUUCACCAACGAGAAGGUCAAGCCGGAGAGGCUGAGGAUCCUGCCUGUGCUCGUGAAGCCGCUCGGCGACCUCCGCGUUGAGGUGAGAUGGGAGUUUGGCGAGGUCAAGCGCACCGACAACAAGGAUCACAGCUACUUGGACGGAACUCUCAUCACCUUUGCGGGCCGUUCUCUUCAGGAGAUCAUCGACUAUCGAGGAGCACAUGGGGUGCGUGUCGUUCACAACGGCGUGGUGGACUAUGACGGAGUCUGGGUGGGUCCUGUCGGAGUCAGUGAUGCGUCGGAUGGUGCCAUCAAGCACAGAGGCUUGGUGCUGGAUGAGUUGCCUCGCUCUGGGACGCAAACCUUCGAGGUUCAGCUGGAGCAGCUCCCUCCUUCGACCACGGACAUCUUCGUAGUUGUGUCAUCCCCGUCUGGGAAGGAGCUGAGCAAGUACAACAACAUCACCGUGGUCCUCAGCUCCGGUCAUCAGGUGUCGACUUGCCUCCUCAAGUCCAAGCCGUCGUCUCCGGGUGUGGUGUUCUGCCGGCUCUUCAAGCAGGGUACGGCGUGGAAGCUGGGAGCUUGCAGGAGUCCAACAAGUGGCGGAUGUCACGACUUCCGGCCCGCGAUAGACAGCCUUCGCGCCAUCCAGGCGCAGACGCACCCAAGCUCGGCCCAGAUCUCCUUGGGGGACGAGUCCAGCCGACAAGCGAGAAGGUUUCUGCCGCUGCAGCAGGUCCGCAGCAAGGGGAUGGCGAUGGAACGCCAGCUCUCGACCGGUUCUGUCUCGAGUCUCAUAGCUUGGUCCAGCGACAAACGGCCCAACGCGCGGAGGUUCUCUGUCGGAGGCUGCGAGUGA